AUGACCACUGAAGAGCCUGUCAAGGAGAUUCUGGGAACCCCAACACCUCCCAAGCCGGGAACAACGGAGAAGAGCCCCAAGAGUGAAGUCGUAAUCACCACGGUCCCUGUGGUCAGCGAGAUCCAGCUGAUGGCCGCCACCGGGGGCGCUGAGCUCUCCUGCUACCGCUGCAUCAUCCCCUUCGCCGUGGUGAUCCUCAUCACUGGGAUAGUGGUCACAGCCGUGGCUUACAGCUUCAACUCCCACGGCUCCAUCAUCUCCAUCUUGGGCCUGGUCCUUCUCUCCUCGGGACUCUUCUUGCUGGCCUCCAGCGCCUUGUGCUGGAAGCUGAGACAGAGGCACAAGAAAGGCAGGCGACGCGAGAGCCAGACAGCGCUCAUGGCAAAUCGGAGGAGCUUGUUUGCUUAG